AUUCCAUCUGAAACAUGUUGCAAAUUACAACCUAGGCGACUCCCCUCUGAAAAUAUCCCAAGUUGAAAAAGAUCCAGGAAAGUUUGUUCCCUACAAUCUGAAGUCUCACGCUAACUGCGACAAAAAUACCUUACGAGCUAACCUUACCAUUUGAACCAUUUCGAAUGACCCUUUGUAGGUCGCUCACGGCGCAUGGUUUCGAUGUAGUCGAUCUUGAUUCACGACAUUAUGCUUUCAGUUAUCUGACUGCUUCAAUAUAGCUGCUGUGUUAUUAAUCUAUGUUGUCAAUCUCUUUCAUUAAUAAACCCCACUUACAAAUCACUGUGCUUUCGUCUUCCAGAUUCUCGCACGCUACUGUUCACUCUUCCAGUGCAUAACAUACACCUAAGGUAAAAGCAAACCCACCAAAGGCUCAACUUUACAUCGGAUGGCUGAUGAAGUUUGCGAUUCGCCCCCAGGCCUUUUGGACUUUACUGUUAUUAAUAGAGGUCAGAAAAUCAUUGAUGAAUUAAAAAACUCAGACUUUCCUUCAAAACACGCACUAUAUGCUGCAGUUUUUACUGGCUUUCGUUCAGUUCGUCUGGCAGCUGAAUGGUAAUUUUAGGUCUUGUAAUUUUUUCAGGAUAUCAUCCCGCUUAAAUGAUCCACUUUUCAUCAAAGAUUUUGAAAUCGACUUUCAUGUACUUCUGAGUCUGGGAGGAAGUUUUGAAUCGGAUGCCUCGUCAUUUUUGUCAGCUGCGCGAGUUGCUUUAGGAUGGGACUAUGUAUGUGAUCAUCGGGCACAAAUCCCUUUACUUCAUCUGAGAGUCAAACCUCAUGAUGCACUCAAUUUAAAAUCUGUUUUUGUGAAAUCGUUUGGUCUGUCGAUUCCUCUCCUACUGACUGAUGACAAGCCCCUAGAGUUCAUAGUAGAUACGGACACCUCUGUUGUAUGCAAAUUUUCCGACUCCAGGAUAUAUACCCUGCUUCAAAAAAUUUCAGAAACAUUUCUUGAAAACUUGAAGAAAGCUGACGUAAACGUCUGCGUGGUUUCUAAUCCAGGCAAAUUAAAUUAUCCUUUCACGUUAGUCAGUAGUAUCAAUAAUGCUGAGAAAAAUCCAGUUUUGAACCAACUAAAUGAAAUGUACUUAUCCGGUCGUUACAUUAUUAACGAAUUCGACCAAUCGGUUAAUCAUCAGUUGAAAUUCUGUUUAUACUCACAUGAUCCUCGUCUGAGAGAUCCAAGUUAUGAGGUAUUCGAGAUGUUAACAGAUCUAGAAUCCUAUUCAUCUUCCCCAUUCAUCAAUCCACAUAUCACUAAUGAUUAUAAUAAAAGCGGUGAUCAAAAAUCUUCAACUUUUAUUAAUUGUAAUACUAAAUUGACAGAUAGUUCUAAUAACAGUCAGUCACAAUGUGACGUAUCUUCGAAUCAAGUUCCUGUCUGUGCGAUUAAUUCACCUGGAUGUCGAGAACGUUUUCUAGAACAUUACGUUGGUGAUUAUAUAUUACUGUUUGAUUCAGUUUCUUUUAAUGAACGACAAGGAUGUCCAUUGGGAAUUAAUUUGUGCACUGGUGAGUCUGGUUUGUUUAACAUAUCUGCUGGUAGACGUGUACCACAAAGUCAAACUUGGACAUUACAUUGUUCCGUCCCACUAAACUUAACCUCUCCAGCUAAAUCAUGCCUUAAACAAAAUUGUCCAACUAAUACGAAUAAUGUAAACCAUAAUGAAGAAUUUAAAAAGCUAUCAAGUCAAAAUUCAAGUCUUAUUGCAAAAAGUACAAAUUCAACUUAUCCUAUCCUAUCACCAUGUCUUUCAAAUUCAUCAGAACAUUCCUCUUCUUUUUUCUCAUCAUCAUCAUCAGCAUCAUCAUCAUCAUCAUCUUCUACUAGUGAUCCUGUAAAGAGUAAAUCAAGUGUACAAACAACCAUAACGACUAAUAAUAGUAAUAAUAAUAAUAAUAAUACAGACAAACACAUAUCUGAUCAUCGAUGUGAUUUAUACUUCACUAAUGGUGCAAAUUCAACUUGUCAUAAUGAAUUCCAAUCAUCAUUAACUAAUGAUGAAUUAAAUGAAAGUAAUCUUAAAUGUAUUAAUACUAAUAACUAUCAAUCAUCAGUUAAACGUCAUACUCAGAAUAAGUCAAGACAAAUGUAUGUUAUGCGUCAUGCUGAACGUGUAGAUAUUACUUUUGGUCAUGGAUGGAUUACUCAAUGUUUCAAUCAUAAAGGAGUUUAUCGUAGAUUCAAUUUAAACCUUCCACCUUGGCUACCUACUCGAACGGAUUGUUUUGAAUAUAUUUUAGAUUCACCAAUUACUCAAAUUGGUUUAUUUGUAUCAGCUGAAACUGGUAGAGCUUUGGCAGAUGCUGGAGUUUAUUUCACUGCGUGUUAUUGUUCUCCAGCAUUUAGAUGUGUUCAAACUGCUUGUGAAUUAUUACGGGCAAUGGGUCGUUCAGAUUUAUCAAUUCGUAUAGAACCACAUUUAUUUGAAUGGUAUGGUUGGUAUGUCGGUGGUUGUAUACCGAAAAUGAUGACUGUACAUCAAUUAAAGCAUGCUGGUUAUAAUGUGGAUACAAAUUAUACACCACUUAGCUCGUAUAAUGAUAAUGAUAAGUAUGAAUCUAUUCAAGGCUAUUGUGAUCGUACUGCUGUAUUAAUUAAACGUAUUUUAAAUGUUCAUAAGUCGAAAGAUACUUGUUUAUUAAUUGUGGCACAUGCAUCUUCAUUGGACACUUGUACACGUCAUUUAGUUUGUCAUGGUUUUAGAAAUAGUUUAUCAACAGAUGAAUUUCAUCAUCGUACAUCAAUUGUUCCUUAUUGUGGUUUAUUAUUAGCUCAAGAAAAUCGUCGAUGGAAUUUAAUUAAUCCACCAAUACCAAAUUCAUGUUCCUAUACAAGGAAUUCCGAUUUCGAUUGGAAACAAUUUCUUGGACCAGCUUUAUGCAAUUUCAAAAUACGAUGAAAUAAUACUGAAAUUAACUAUAGAAAAUGGAAGUUGAGCCAUAUUUUUUUAUUCACUAUCCAACUGAUUCUUAUUUUAUCUUCUGAUUUGCAUUUAAUCCGAUUUCAUUUCUUACCUGGCAACUACAGUUUCUAUGCCAGUUGUUGUUUCGAGUCCCCCCCUCAACAUAUCGUUUGUUUUUUAACUCAAAUUACAGCUUCAUCUGUGUUGUCAUUUCUUUUUUAAAUAUUUUGCAUUUAUUAAUUCUUUGUUUUGUGUAUGUUUUUUCCCGACAUUUGUAACCAUACAAAUCCCAGUCCAAUAGUGGUUGAAAUGAAGAUACAAAUGAAUAACAUCCCUGUGUAUACAACUGAGAUAUUCGAUUGUUUACUGAGUCUAUAUGAAUCGUUUACUUUCAAGUACUUGUUUUUUGAGGUUUACAAUGUUCAAUUAGUUUCAUAUUGUCUACGACAUUUUCAUUACACGUUUCUUCUUACUUGACAAAUCCUUUAAGAAUCUGUUUACUUACUUACGCCUGUUACCCUUCAUGAAGGAGCAUAGGCCACUCACCAUGGUUAGCGUUUUUUUAGCGAGUUAGUUUUUCUACGGGAUGGGGUCGUUAAUCCCAUGCCCAACUCUCCUCCUUUACCCGGGCUUGGGACCGGCAGUAACUCUAGACGUGCUACAGGCGGAGUUCAGUAAAUUCUAUUAUAAUGACUAUCAAUUUAACAUAUUCAAAAAUCAGUUUAAUUCCGGGAUAAAAGAAACUGUUAAGCUUAUGUUAUUUAGCAGGAAAAGGAUUAUUAUGAUUUUAAGUAGGUAGGUAAUCAUUUGGGUUUAUAUACAAAUUCCUGGUGUAUUUUAUUGCUAUUCUCUUUAUUUCUUAUCCAUUCAAGAUUCAUUUUUACUCUCAUUUCAAUUCGCCUUGGACAAAAUCCUUUAUCGACGUAUGUAUAAUGACACAACAUAUAUACUAUUUUCGACUUAUUGGUUGGGGAUGUAAAUUGAUGUAUACUCCAUAAGUGAAUAGAUUGUAUCCUUUUGAUGAAUAAAAGUCAAUAAAUUCAUUUUUAUCAUAACUUUGCUUCUUUUGCUUUGUUCUCUAUCUGGGUUCCUUUUUAAACUUUUAGUUGUCCUAUGUGUGAUAAUUACCAGUAGAUAAUUGAAGUUCUGUUUUUUCGUCCGCCUGCUCGCAGUUUUGUCGUGUUGUAUAUCAUGUGUUUUUUAUUCAUCCCGGACCUAUUCUUUUCCACUUAUAUUGUUGCAUGACUGUAUCGCGAUUACUUGGUUUUGUUAUGCGUUGCUACAUUUUCACUCCAUUUUGUUGUAUAAAUGAUACAAAAAAUUUAGAGUGUAUAAUCAAAAUUUACUUACCGUCCAUGUUAUGCCCUGGAGAUCUGCAUUCUGUACCAGUAGUCG